AUGGCACGAGCAACGGUCGGUAGUACCGCUGCUGAAAUGAAGACAUUCACCGAUUGUAUGUUCUUUAUGAACGGAUCUUGUAAAUUAAAUGACAAAUGUCGUUAUCGCCAUUGCGCAAAGGCUGCUGCGCAAACAAAAACCUGCUCUAAAUGGCCAAAAAUUUGCCGAGACGCUAGAUGUUCCUAUCGACACCCGGCACCACCCAAAGUAGUGGAUGGUAACAAGAAAAAACUGGCAUCUGAACCUGCAGCAAGAUCAGUACCAACGCCAUUGGCAUCAUCACAACCGCAACAAGAAAUUCUAAUCAGCUUCUUCUGGGAUAUCGAAAACGUUCCAAUACCUAAAGGACAAAAACCGUUUGAUAUUGUUCAACGCAUUCGCCAAAAAUUAAUCAUUGAGGCUGGUCUACGAGAAGAUAAUUUCUCGUGUUUUUGCGACAGCGCCAUGAUAUCCAAAGAUAAUCAAUUAAGUUUAUUGCAUGCAAACGUCAGCAUAGUACAUGUACCCGACCGGAAAUCCGGAGCAGUAGACCGUCAGAUUAUGUUAGCGUUAGAUCGUUUUGAGCGAGCUCAUCGACCUCCAGCGACAAUUGUUCUUAUCUCAGGUGAUAUCGAUUUCGUUGGUAAAUUAAGUGAUCUUCGUCAUCAAGCCGGUUUCCAUGUUAUUGUUAUACAUAAUAAACCAGCGAAAGAAGAGUUAAAAGCUACGGUUAAUGCUCAUUAUCCGUGGGAAUUGUUUACACAAGCAUUGUCAAAAGAUGUUAAUCUUCUUCCUAAUUUAAUGGAAGAAUUAACAACACGUACGCCUCAACCAUAUCGAAUGGCCAGUUCGAAUAGAGAUGGCCAUUUGCAUACGGUUGAACCGUCACCUAAUCGACCAGUGGCGUCAGCGAAAUCACGACCAACUCCAGCAAAAAAACAAACAUAUCCAUGCCCAAAAUGUUCCAGUGAAUUCGAUUCAAUUCAAGCUGUCAGACAACAUCAAGAAGCCAAAGAUCACCUUUUUGAUUGUCCCAGGUGUGAUGAAACAUUCACCACACUCGAUGGCUUGACUCAACAUAAGAAAGCGAAAGAUCAUCAGGACAUUGACUAUGGUUGUGGACAAUGCAAUCGCCGGUUUAAUCAACUUGAUAGUUUAAAUCAACAUCAGAAAGCGACAGGUCACUCGGAUUUGUUUAAAUCGGUGCCUGUUAUAUCUGAUGGUCUUCCUCGUGACAAAACACCUCCGAGGAACAAUUCAACUACAAGCAAUGUUUGGGAAGAUGCAGCCACGGUUAUUAUCAGUCAAGGUAUUGCUGCACUUGUUAAACAUUAUCCGGCGGUAUUUGCCAACAAAAAAUGA